AUGCCGAGAUCAGAGGCGGACACGAUCCGCAUCCUCGUCUCAACCGAUAACCAUGUCGGUUACGCAGAGCGCCACCCCGUCCGCAAGGAUGACAGUUGGCGCACCUUUGACGAGAUUAUGCAAAUAGCAAAGAAGCAGGACGUCGACAUGGUCCUGCUGGGUGGUGAUCUCUUCCAUGAGAACAAACCCUCGCGCAAAUCCAUGUACCAGGUCAUGCGCUCUCUUCGCAAACACUGCCUCGGCAUGAAGCCAUGCGAACUCGAGUUUCUCAGUGACGCUGCCGAAGUCUUUGAAGGAGCCUUUCCCUUUGUCAACUACGAGGAUCCCGACAUCAAUAUCGCUAUUCCCGUCUUCUCUAUCCACGGCAACCACGACGACCCGAGCGGCGAUGGCCACUACUGCUCCCUUGACCUACUCCAAGCCGCCGGUCUCGUCAACUAUUUUGGUCGUGUACCCGAGGCAGACAAUAUUCAUGUCAAGCCCAUCUUGUUGCAGAAGGGAAGGACGAAGAUGGCUUUGUACGGAUUGAGCAACGUUCGUGAUGAGCGCAUGCACAGGACUUUUAGAGACAACAAAGUAAGGUUCUACCGCCCGAACCAGCAGAAAAACGACUGGUUCAAUCUUUUGGCUCUUCACCAGAACCAUUACGCACACACCCGUACCAGCUAUGUUGCCGAGAAUAUGCUUCCCGAUUUCAUGGACUUGGUCAUCUGGGGCCAUGAACACGAGUGUCUUAUCGAUCCCGUACGAAAUCCAGAGACCGGAUUCCACGUCAUGCAACCGGGGUCCUCAGUGGCCACAUCACUAGUUCCAGGCGAAGCAGUCCCAAAGCAUGUCGCCAUUCUCAACAUCACCGGCAAGAAGUUCGAAGUCGAGAAGAUCCCCCUCAAGACAGUCCGCCCUUUUGUCACAAGAGAGAUUGUUCUAGCCUCAGAUAAGCGCUUCAAGGGCCUGGACAAACAGAACAACCGUCAUGAGAUUACCAAGCGACUGAUGGUGAUUGUUAAUGAAAUGAUUGAAGAAGCCAAUGCGGAGUGGCGCGCUGUUCACGCAGAGGACGACGACAUGGACGAGGAUAUGGAGCCACCUUUGCCGCUUGUACGCCUGAAGGUCGAUUACACAGCACCGGAUGGGGCCAAGUACGAAGUCGAGAACCCGCAUCGAUUCUCCAAUAGAUUUACGGGAAAAGUUGCCAACCAUAAUGAUGUUGUCCGCUUUCACUGUAAUACCAAAGGAACAAAGAACGCUGCAACUGGGCCAGGCGUGCGUGAGGGCAUCGCUGAGAUACUUGAGUCAGCCGAUAGCAUCAAGGUCGACAACUUGGUUCAAGAGUUCUUUGCCCAACAGUCCCUCAAGAUCUUGCCGCAAGCACCAUUCAGCGAUGCGGUCAACCAGUUCGUUAGUAAGGACGAUAAGCACGCUGUCGAAAUGUUCGUCAUCGAGUCACUCUCCACCCAAGUGAAGGAGCUCCUUCAGCUCGACGAUGACAAGAUUGUCGAUCUUGACGCGCAUAUUCAAGAUUUUAGACAGGUUAUGGAGAAGAGCUUCGACUCUGGUCAGCACAAGCAAGCCCAGCGCACAAAGCGAUUCAAGCGGAAGCCCGACGGCUGGGAUUCCGAUUUGGACGGCCACUGGAUCAACCAGCCACAAGCGCUCGAAGACAUUCCAGCCGAAGUCGAACCGAAAGGAAACGAUAGACCGACCAAGAGAGUGCCUACGUCUGGCGUCACUUUCAGCGACGAAGAUGAGGAUAUGGACAUAGACAACCAACCCGUUCCGAUUAGAGCGGCGCCAAAACGGGGAGCAGCGGCCAAGAAAGCAGCACCUGCCAAGAAGGCCGCACCGGCAAAAAAGGCUGCACCAGCCAAGAAGGCACCUGCAAGGGGACGCAAGAAGAAAACUCCGUUUGUAGAUAGCGAUGAAGAAGAGGAAGAGGACUACCCAGAGGAUGACGACGAAGAGGAGGCGGAGGAGGAGGAUGAGGAGGAGGAAGACGUGAUCAUGGAGGAUGACGAAGAAGACCCGCCAGCGCCACCACCGAAGCCCAAGGCCACAUCAAGGGCCGCAUCUACCCGUGCCUCUGCUCGUGCUACUCCUGUUCGAGUCACACCAGCUCGAGCCACACAAGCUCGGGCUGCGCCUGCGAAGGCCACCCAAACCCGGACUACUCGCGCGGCGGCUGGGAUGAAGCAGACAACACUUAACUUUUCACAGUCUCAGAGGGCAAAGGGCUCACAGCAGCAGACGAUUGAGAUCAGUGAUGAUGAAAUCUCGGAUGACGAUGAUGCGUUUGAGUCGAUGCCCGCAAGUCGCAGUCGUCGAAGGUAAUUAGGUUGAUAUGGAUGAAGUUAUAGUAUAGGUAUACUUGCUUCG